UUCCGGUUUGAAUUGAGAGCAGUUGCCUCAUCUGCGGACACUUGGGCAGGAGCAAUGCCUGCGCGCAGCCGCCACCGUCCGCGCCUCCACUCCAGGUCUCCUCCCCGGGCUCCGCCCCCGCCGCUCGAGGCAGUGGACUCCGGCGGGGCUCGGAGGGCCCCGGACUCCGACGGCGGCUCGGAAGCCGACUCGGAGGUGGGUCUGGGCAGUCCUCCUCGGACGGCGGAGACAGUGCAGGAGGAAAUGGCUGGUCCUAAUCAACUCUGCAUUCGCCGCUGGACUACCAAGCACGUAGCUGUGUGGCUGAAGGAUGAAGGCUUCUUUGAAUAUGUGGACAUAUUGUGCAACAAGCACCGGCUUGAUGGAAUCACAUUGCUAACAUUGACUGAAUAUGAUCUCCGGUCUCCUCCUCUGGAAAUCAAAAUCUUAGGGGACAUUAAACGGUUAAUGCUUUCUGUCCGAAAAUUGCAGAAAAUACAUAUUGAUGUUUUAGAAGAGAUGGGAUACAACAGUGACAGUCCCAUGAGUCCCAUGACCCCUUUCAUCAGUGCUCUUCAGAACGCAGAGUGGCUGUGCAAUGGGGAGCCUUCGCAUGACUGUGAUGGACCCAUUGCUGAUUUGAAUUCUGAUCAAUACCAGUACAUGAAUGGUAAAAACAAACAUUCUGUUCGAAGACUGGACCCAGAGUACUGGAAGACCAUAUUAAGUUGUAUAUAUGUUUUUAUAGUAUUUGGAUUUACAUCUUUCGUUAUGGUUAUAGUCCAUGAGCGAGUGCCUGACAUGCAGACCUACCCACCACUCCCAGAUAUAUUCUUAGACAGUGUUCCUAGAAUCCCAUGGGCCUUUGCCAUGACAGAAGUGUGUGGUGUCAUUCUGUGCUACAUUUGGAUCCUGGUUCUUCUUCUUCACAAACACAGGUCAAUACUUCUGCGAAGGCUCUGUAGCCUGAUGGGCACUGUGUUCUUGCUUCGCUGCUUUACCAUGUUUGUGACCUCCCUCUCCGUGCCAGGACAACACCUGCAGUGCACUGGAAAGAUAUAUGGCAGUGUAUGGGAGAAACUACGCCGGGCUUUUGCCAUUUGGAGUGGCUUUGGUAUGACCCUAACUGGUGUUCACACUUGCGGAGAUUACAUGUUCAGUGGCCACACAGUCGUCCUAACUAUGCUGAAUUUCUUUGUCACUGAAUAUACACCAAGGAGCUGGAAUUUCUUGCACACUUUAUCCUGGGUUCUCAACCUCUUUGGAAUCUUCUUCAUUUUGGCUGCCCAUGAACAUUAUUCCAUUGAUGUAUUUAUUGCCUUUUAUAUCACAACAAGACUCUUUUUAUAUUACCAUACUCUAGCUAAUACCAGAGCAUAUCAGCAGAGUAGGAGAGCAAGAAUUUGGUUUCCUAUGUUUUCUUUUUUUGAAUGUAAUGUUAAUGGUACAGUACCUAAUGAAUAUUGUUGGCCGUUUUCAAAACCAACAAUAAUGAAAAGACUAAUUGGUUGAAGAUUAUCUUUGUUAUGGGUUCAUGAUUAAAUAUACAGUAGUUGUUGAAAGUGAAUAACUUUGCUUUCUCCCCCCUAGGUUGUUUGCGGAUGCCUUGCUUUUUGGCUUAUAUGUUGACAAAGUAAAGGUCCCUAUUCUGAGCAAGGCUGUGAUUAUAGAAAGCAAGAAGGAACAAUGAAGAGUCCUUACAUAUCUGUUUGAAUGGAAAACCUAAGUAGAUGUUUUUUCCCCUUCUGUUUAGGCAGAAGUAAUGUUGUGAUUGAAGUCAGGCUGUUACCACUACCUGUUGAGUAUUUGCUUAUUGAAUUUAGCAAAUCAAGUUAAGCAGUUUGCUGGUUAUUUAAUUUCCAGUAGGACUGGAAAUUUGGGUUUUUUAAUUUCCAGUAGGACUCCAGGCAAGAAAUAAUAUUUUUUGAAGUUGUUUAUUAUCUUCAAAGGAGAAACCCCUACCAAGUGAAUAGUACUUGUUCUUUGAAUUAAUCUGUGUCUUUUUAACAAUGCAACUCUGGAAGGCAGUCGGUUUUACUAACAUAAUUUUUGCCUUCUGACAUCUUUUAAAAAAGUAUAUUGAACAUACCAGGAUGCCUGAAGCAAGAAGAGAAAGGGGCCAUACAUGAGGUGACAGAGUCCUGUAUAUUACUGGCAUUUUUCACCAAAGAUGCACUGAAAGAUGCCCGUACUGUUCUGAGGGUUCUGUACGACUACACCUUCAUGGGGGGAGAUGGCCGCAUCCAUAAAUGUAGAACUGCCUGAAUUUUAGUGAUGGAACAACUUUGUGCUGUAGCCAUUAGUUAGAUGACAGCCUGGUUUUGUGCUUUUUAAUGAUGUUAUUUGUUAUUUAAUGAGAAAAACUGUGGAGUGUUUUACCAGAUGUUAGAUACAGUUCUUAUGUCCUUAAGUAUGGAGAUAUGCAUGCAAAAAAUACUUUUUUCUCUUUGUGAAAAGAAAUGUAUAGCAGGUUGCAGGCAUGGGAUAACUUUUUGAUUUUUGAAAUUUCUGAUUCUUGGCCAUCAGAAGUAAGCAGUCACAGACAUUCAGAUAUAAAAAGGUUUUAUUGUUUUUUAAUUUUAAAAUGUAAUUGUGUGCAUACAUUCUUUCUACUUAGUCUUAGUUUGGCAGUCAGGAAAUGAUAUAACUUAGUUGCCAUUUACAACACUAGAAAUUUAGUACCUCCUGUAAUUUGAUCUCUAAUAAUAACUGUCACUUCACUUUUAAUGGUUUUAUAGAGCAGUUAUAACAGUAGGAUGGUUGUGGAAUUAGAAUUUGAAACCCAGAUGAUGAGCUUAGCCACCUGGAAUAUUAAUUGUGUGGUUUUUACAUUCCAUUUUAAAACAAGGAGUUAGAAAAGGUGCUGGCAUAUUGAGGUCUAAAAUUAGGCCACUUAUCAGGAGCCUGCUCCUUAUGUGGGUGAAAUAUUUUAUUUUUGCACUUUGAGUUAUAUUUCCACCGUUGUAUAAGCUACAGAGGAGCCUAAAUGGAUUGGGCAGGAAAGGAAUAUUACGCGAACAAAUUUUAGCCAGUGCUGAAUGACCCCCAGUUUGAGUCUUCUCUGAACAUUAUUUUUUAUUUCUCCAUUGAGAAAUGGCGCAAGGCAAUUCAUUUUAUUAUGCUUUUAAAUCUCAUACUUCAGAAUCUUAUAAUAUCUUAAAUUGUUGAUUCUAUUACAUGCUAGAGACAAAAUGCCAAUAUUUCAUCUAAGGAAAUUGCAUAAUGAUGGAGGAGUUUAAUCCUUGAUGUCAAAAGAUCUGGCACUAUCAUUUUUUCCAAAUGAUAACACAGGACCAAAUUUAGCUAGGGAGGUCCCUAAUGUUGGCUUUUGGGAAAACGUUUAAAAAAAAUCUCUCUGUCAAAGUUAAGAAUGUUAAGUAGCUGCUUAAUGUUACUUUUCCUGCCAUCAGCCUUCUUUUUCCUUCAUAUGGAUUCUGUUCUAUAGAACAAAAUAGAAAAAAUAAAUUGCAAGUAAUUUGCAGAACUAUUGACAUUGAGAGUUCUUAACAGCAAACUGCAGUGAGGAUCAUAAAACAACUUCAGAACGUUGCAUUUAUCAAAUCUGUUUUGAGGAAAAGGUAAGCUAGACCUAUAAUUUAUUGCUAUAACUUUUACAAGGCAGUGUUUACAUCCAUCCAUCAUCUCCAAGUCUCUUUCUCGGAAAACUUUGAGAGAAUUUUUUUGUUUCUUUUUUUCUUAAUGUGAAACCUGUAUUUUGGUUGCUUUCUGUUUAUACAGAAAUUUCCAGAUUUUUGUCUUUGUAUUUUUUUCUCAUUAAAAUCUAGACUACAGUGAAAGUACUGUUUACAUUUACAUGUUGGGUGUGAGUGUGGCUAGGUAGAAAAGCUAUGUGACUUGUACUAGGUUCUUGUACUUUUUUUUUACCUGACUAGGUUCUAUAGUUGCAGACUUGUGAGCGAGAGGCUUACAUCAUUAAAUACUGAGACCAGUAUAGAAGGAACCAAGAAAGAUUUUUGUGCCCAGACUGGGAAUCAAACUGGCGACCCUUUGGUUUGUAGGCUGGCGCUCAAUCCACUGAGCCACACCAGCCAGGUGGAACCAAGAAAGAUCUUGGUUUGGGAUACAAACUGGAUGUUAUAUUAAGAGUCUGAUGCAUUUUCAAUGUUCCUGGGUACAACAUGGCUGGCUUCCUUUCCUUUCCUCUUUCUCUCACUCCUUCCCUCUCUCUCUCUCGCCCUCCUCCCCUCCCUGUCUCUCCUGCCUUCCCUCCCUCCCUUCUCUCUCUUUUUCAUUCUUUGAGUCCAUUCUGGGCAGUGUUGCUGAAAGGAAAUUGAAAUUUGUGGGGAGCAGGAUGUUUUGAGGGCAAGUUUGCUAUUACCACCAAGCACUUUAGGAAGAAUAUUUUUUUGCAUUGCUGUAGAAUUUUUGACAUGCCUAUUCUCCUCAUAGUUCUCUGUGGCCAGAAUUGCUAGGGUAAAAAUGCAUGUGCUGGGUCAGUGUAUUAUUGGUAUCCUUUUAAAUCAGAAAACAAUGAGCUUAACCUUAGAAUCAGUCCGUUACUAAGUAUGGACUGUUCACAAGAAAAACCCACUGACUGAGAGACCUGUUCAUAGUGUAACUGUUGCUGCCAGUGGUGUUCUUCUCUGCCCCGUAUCUGCCUGAUUGUUGUUACUUAGAAUUCCAAAAACCCCAUAAUUCAUAAAUGGAGAACAGAGGAGCCAAAUGCUUUCAUGACUGGUAUGAAACGGUCUGUUUUGGUGACAUCUCUUUGGAAAGUGCUGUUUAUAUAUUCAAAGAUAUAUUCAUAACACUAACCUGCUUUGACUGGAUUCAACAAAAGGCAGUUCAUCAUUAGUUUUAUAGUAAGCUUUUUUUUAAGGAUUCUAAUUCCAAAAUGUUUGAGAAAAUUAACCAUAGUCUUGUUUUAAAUACUCUGAUCUAAUAAGUUUAAUUCUUUGAUAGUCUUUUUGUAGACUUAAGUUAUUCCUUACCAAAAGUAAUUAUAGUAAUAGUUCUUUAAGGUAUUCAGGCAUUAGGACAAGAAGACUCCCUUUAGAAUAGUUCAACAGCUUUUUUAAACAGUAUUGGUUUCAUUUAGAUAGUUGCAAAGUCAACAAAGCAUGUCAGUUUUGAUGCCAACUUUACUUGGCUUUUAAGACAGUUUGCAUUUGUAAAAAGUUUAGCCCAAUUACCCCUCUACCUCUAUAGAGGAGAAUUGUUGGUAACAUCAAAAGUCAGGCUGCUUCAGGUGACCAGUGAGAAAGGAAAAGAGGUUGAGAUUCUUUUUCUCCUCUCUGUCUUUGAAUGACUGAAAUUACCAUGGAAGUAAGUUUUGGUCCCCUUCUUGCCUACCCCUCACUACCCAGCAAAUGCCACCAAUUUCAAGUAACUAAAAUGUGGCCUGUUACUUUGCAUCAAGAUCAAUAAAAAUAUCUGUGAAAUUUAUAAGCCAUAAUUCAGCUACCAGUAAAGUUGGUUUUUAGAAUAUGUUCCACCCUAAAUUAACCAAAGGACUUUUUAUGCAGAGUACUCCAUGUUUGAGCAUAAAGAAGCUUUGUGCCUGAUAUGGAGACAGAAGGAGGACUAUGUUAAUUUCAUUGCUAUUUCAAGUCUGUUUCAAUCUGAACUGCUGGGUUGUCUGAACAUAACCAAGCAGUGUUAUGAGUAAUGUCAUCUUAAAAAUGCUUAAUCUUAAUAAUUUUUUAUUCAGAUAAUCUAUGGAUUGUUAGGACAAUUGAAGUAUUUCUGAUAUGAAACAAAAAGUAAGUGGAAACUGGUACAUAAUGA